AUGGCUCCGCGCAGGAGAAGCUCCGUGGUCAAGGCCACGCAGGUGGCCCAUUCCACGAUUGACGCGGCGAGAGCAGCAAGCAAAACUGAAGAAUCGCAAUUGCGCCGGGUCCCCUCUCCGGUGCGAUUUUUGUUGGUGGUCUUCAACAGCUUGCUCUUGAGCUCCGUUCUCUUCACCUUGACAUCCAGUGUCACGCUGGGGGAGUUGGGCCGUGUGAGCAAGCACCUGGAGGCAUGGUGGGAGGUGGGUGGGUUGAUGUUAUGGAAGGCCGUUGAAGUGGGAUUGGCUUGGGUUCUUGGGUUUGACGGACGUGAUGUCUUGUCGUUCACUUUUCUCACUCAUCUGCCGACCUACUCUCUAUUGUGGUCCUUUUACGGCAUCCGGCCAACCACCAUUCUGGCAUCAUAUGGCAUCACUCUGAUUUCCACGGCGAUUCCCUUCAUUCUUCUCCGCCGCCCCUCCUCCGUCCACAAUCUCCGGCAAGCCGCGUCGGACGCAGUUCCCAACCUCUCCAUCCUGCAAGAUCGCCCAACAGCCCUCUACACUUCCGUCGCAGCAACCGCCAUCUACUCCGUGGUGCUGUACCUCAGCUAUGCGACCUGGCUGCCAGCUUAUCUGGUCGUGCAUUUCGAGAAUAUCCCCGACAUUAGAUUCGCUCAUGCCGGCCCUGCCGGUCUCCCGACUUUAUUUCUCACCCUCCUCCCCGCCGGCUGGGCCGCUAGGGAUUUCCUUUUCGUCAGCUCCACCGGUGCCUCCAGCUCCGACGCCACCGUGAAGUCGAAAUCUGGAUCCGAGGGCGAGUACCUUGUCUGCGGGAUUUACCGGAAAACGUUGGGAACGUUGUCCGCUAAGACAAGGGUUCUUGUUUUGCGCACGGCGCUUCUGGCUAGCAUGAUAGUGCUCAACACCGUUUUCCAGGUCGCGGGGACGGUACGGGGGGUUGAUGUCCCUGGCGCCACGAUGUGGGGAGUUAUCUGGGGUGUUGCGACUGUCGCUGUUGGAGGAGUAUUCGGUUGGAUUGAGGCCGUGGAUGGCGUAUGA